AUGGCUUCGUCACCGGCAUUGUUUACUGCCUCGCGCAGCCAGACGCUAACCUAUCUAUUGGCGGUGUGCCCCUUCUCCAUCGCCUUCCUAGUUUUCAUCAAUUCAUCCAUCUCCUUCGUGGUAACGGAUCUAAUUGGACUUCAUGAUGGAGAGGGCGAUGCUGUGGGCACUCUGGGCUUCGCGGAUGAACUCCUUGCGCUAGCCGCCUGCCCACUUUGGGGUGUUCUCUCAGACCGCAUUGGAAUUCGACAUGUAUGUACUGCAGGCUACGCCAUUGUAGCCCUCGCACUAGUCCUGUUUGUGCAGGCCACGAAUAUCUACCCCCAGCUUCUUCUUGGUAGGUUGCUUUUCAGCGUUGGUGGCUCGGCUGUCUCGACCAUGGUCACAGCUGUCUUGCCAACUGUCACUGGCAAACCCAUCAGUGCUCAGGCAUAUCGUGCGUCUACUUCCUCAGAGCUGACCAUCACACCUGAGCGUGCCCGCAACGGUUACAACCUGAGGGAGGCCGGUAAUUCCGGCGCAUCCCCAUCCGCUCGACUCUCGGGUUUCGUUGGAAUGUGUGCUGGCUGUGGUGCGCUCGUGGCACUAGUCGUGUUCCUGCCGCUUCCAGCUCGAUUUGAGAAGGCUGGGUUGACACCUUCUCAGGCAAUCCAACGCAGCUAUUACUUAGUCGCUGUUGUUUCCCUUGUCAUUAGUCUUGUAUGCUUCAUCGGACUGCGUGAUCUUCCAGGGGACAAGGGUAAAUCCUGGAGUGCACUUUGGAAAUCCCAAGACUCUUGUUAUGAUGAAGACGAUGAAGAUUCGAUCUCAGAUGUCCCAAGGUUGCCAUAUUGGAAGCAGCUAACAACUGCCCUCUUUUUGGGAUUCCGAAACCGCGACAUUGGCCUGGGCUACGUCGGGGGCUUUGUGGCCCGAGCCUCGUCUGUGGGGAUCUCACUGUUCAUCCCCCUGGCCGUUAAUCACUAUUAUCGGGCGUCGGGUCUUUGUGAUGAAGCACAACCGAUACAUGAGUUCGGAUUGAAUGAUAUCAAGAAAGAGUGCCCGCGUGCAUAUAUCGUUGCCUCCAUCCUAACCGGUGUAUCCCAAUUGGUUGCUUUGAUUUCGGCCCCAGCAUUCGGGUAUCUGACGGAUAAAUCGCGUCGGUAUAAUUUCCCACUCCUCUUUGCCGCCUUGGUGGGAAUUAUCGGGUACCUAGUAUUUGCCAAGCUUCCAAGCCCUCUAUUCAAAGAACCCGACGGUAGCCCAGGGGUAUUUGUUGUGAUGGCUUUGAUUGGAAUCAGCCAGAUCGGGGCAGUUGUUUGCAGUUUGGCAGUACUCAGCAACGGCAUCCUGCGCGUCAGCACCGACGAUGAAACCUUGAGAAAAAUAUGUGACGAGCAACGUGCCGCGGCGCGCCAGGACGCCGAGCCUGGUGAGGGCCAGCCUCUUCUGGGAGGAGCCAUCAACCACCGACUGGAGCGUCUGUCGCAUUUGAAAGGCUCCAUUGCUGGCGUGUACUCGCUGUACGGCGGGGCAGGAAUUCUGCUGCUCACCAAAGGGCGCUUGGAAGGACUCGGUGAUUUUGCAUAA